UGGUGAGAGGGAGAGCCAGGAAGGACUAUCUGAUGGACUCCAGCUCCGAUGCCCACCUCCAGGUGCCCAGGUGCCCACUGACCGACCUGCUGAACACAGAGGCCGGUGCCAUAGGACACAACAUCACCACUUUCCUGGACAAUGUCCAGAUCCUGCUGGAGGCUGCCAGUUACCUGGAGAGGGUGGACCAGGAGAGGAAAAAAUGUGAGCACGGCUAUGCUUCCGCGUACCCCUCACCGGACGACUCGGACCUCCUUAGAUUAAAGUCCAGGAGGCUGAAAUCGAAGAGGUGUAGUAACAGCUUAGGGAGCAGCACAAACAGCAAGAGCAGGCAGAUGCACCCAGGACACUUUCUUGCCAUUGGGGGGGAAAAAAUGGCGGAGUGCAGUGGCAAUAACACACACUACGCAGUGUACGGCAGGGGCGGACCAACACUAGGCGACGACGAUCGCACAUGGAGGUUACGAGUGUCUUAUUUCAGCACACGUUACACAGACACGGUCCGCUGUUGUCACAUUCAGGAAACCCACCCAGCAGUCAUCGCUGGAGUGCAUGUAGACAGGAAGUGCCUGCGGGAGGUCAGCACCAACGAGAUGUUCCUGAAAGACACGGCAGUUGGAGGAAGCCGCAGGAGCGGUGAGAUUACAGAUGACUUCCUGGCUACGUGUUACAGAAUUCUAAGGGAUCUGGAAUCAGACAACUCCAGACACACAACACUGGGGCUGUUGAAUAAAGCCAAAGUACACAUUAAGGAGCCGGAGCGGGUACGCACGGACAGCAUCGGCUCUACCAUGUCAUCUGAAAGAUCCGACUCUGAGCGAGAAGAGAUUGAAGUGGACGUUGAGAGCACGGAAUUCUCCCCGCUGGAAGUGGACAGUUCCAGUAGCACCAGCAUCAGUGACCUGGAUGACCACAAUAGUAUGCAGAGCGCGGCCAGCGACGAAGGUUACUCCAGCGCAUCCAUUAAUCUGGCGUUCCACUCGUAGGACACAGGCCAGGCCAACUCAUACGAUGAACCAUGGGCGUGGAUGAUACUUUCUGCUGGCAGUUAUCAGUGGUCCACUCUUGGUUUCGAUCUCUUCCUCAGCCAUGAGUUGCACAAGUGUUGGGAAGUUUCAUCCACAUGCUGGACCAAAAUCUUACACCCAGCGUACAAUCAAGAGCAUUACUUGAAGAUCACCCAACUUUUGUAAUACUGGAGAUUACCAGGGUCUAACUUGAGCACAACUCGAUCCCGCUCUGUGGUUGUAUUAUUAUUUUUUUUAAAGCUUAGAACUUGAUGACGUAUUUUUUGCCUUAAUUUGGCAACUAGAAGACCCUUCUGAAGAGGAGAUCCCUUACAGAUUGUGGUUGCUGGCCCGUCUUCUGGUUUCAACGCCAUGUUUUUUGGAGAAGUAUUGUAGGUUUAUGAAGCCAGCCUUAUC